GGCAGCGGGCGGCGGGGGCGGAGACGGCCGCUAGAGCCCUGCCCGGCGCCGCUUCCUCCGGCGCGCUCGCCCCACGGACCAGCAGGCGGCGGACCGCAGCGCCAGGUUGCAGCCAAGGGCCCUGCCUUCUCUGGCAAGUGACAGUUUCUGUCAAGACAAGCUCAGAACCAAGAAGUCGUCACCACAGCUGGAGCUCCGCGGUGUGACCGCGCUGCCCGGGCAGGAUGGUGGACACAGAGAGCCUGCUCUGUCCCCUCUCCCCACUCAAGGCCGAUGAUCUGGAGAGCCCACUGUCCGAAGAGUUCCUCCAGGAAAUGGGAACCAUCCAGGAGAUUUCUCAGUCCUUUGGUGAGGAUAGUUCUGGAAGCUUUAGUUUUACCGAAUACCAGUAUCUAGGAAGCGGUCCGGGAUCGGAUGGAUCUGUCAUCACGGAUACCCUUUCACCAGCUUCAAGUCCCUCCUCGGUUACCUGCCCUGUGGUUCCUGGUAGCACAGAUGAGUCUCCCAGCGGAGCAUUAAACAUUGAAUGUCGUAUCUGCGGGGACAAAGCCUCAGGCUACCAUUAUGGAGUUCAUGCUUGCGAAGGCUGCAAGGGUUUCUUCCGGCGAACCGUUCGACUAAAGCUGGUAUAUGACAAAUGUGAUCGUAGCUGCAAGAUUCAGAAAAAGAAUCGAAAUAAGUGCCAGUAUUGUCGUUUCCACAAGUGCCUUUCGGUCGGGAUGUCACACAACGCAAUCCGCUUUGGACGGAUGCCAAGAUCCGAGAAAGCAAAACUGAAAGCAGAAAUUCUCACGUGUGAACAUGACGUGGACGACUCUGAGACCGCCGAUCUCAAGUCCCUUGCCAAGAGGAUUCACGAGGCCUACUUGAAGAACUUUAACAUGAACAAGGUCAAGGCCCGCGUCAUCCUCGCGGGGAAGGCCAGCAACAACCCACCUUUCGUUAUACAUGAUAUGGAGACAUUGUGUAUGGCCGAGAAGACGCUGGUGGCCAAGCUGGUGGCCAACGGCAUCCAGAACAAGGAGGCAGAGGUGCGAAUCUUCCACUGCUGCCAGUGCACGUCAGUGGAGACCGUCACGGAGCUCACGGAGUUUGCCAAGGCCAUCCCAGGCUUCGCGAACUUGGACCUGAAUGACCAGGUGACUUUGCUAAAAUAUGGGGUUUACGAGGCCAUAUUUGCAAUGCUGUCUUCUGUGAUGAACAAAGACGGGAUGCUGGUAGCAUACGGAAAUGGUUUUAUAACUCGUGAAUUCCUAAAAAGCCUAAGAAAACCAUUUUGUGACAUCAUGGAACCGAAGUUCGAUUUCGCCAUGAAGUUCAAUGCACUGGAACUGGAUGACAGUGACAUUUCCCUUUUUGUGGCUGCUAUAAUUUGCUGUGGAGAUCGCCCUGGCCUUCUAAACGUAGGACACAUUGAAAAAAUGCAGGAGGGUAUUGUGCAUGUGCUCAAACUUCACUUGCAGAACAACCAUCCGGACGAUAUCUUUCUCUUCCCAAAACUUCUUCAAAAGAUGGCCGACCUGCGGCAGCUCGUCACGGAGCAUGCGCAGCUGGUGCAGGUCAUCAAAAAGACGGAGUCGGACGCGGCGCUGCACCCGCUGCUGCAAGAGAUCUACAGGGACAUGUACUGAUUUUUCUUAAAUCGACGACAACAACAACUUUUCAAGGAGUUUUAAAGCUGACAGCACUACAGAGGAGAAACGGGAGCAGCAUGAUUUUGCACAAAUAUCCACCACUUUAGCCUUAGAGAUUGGAAAGUCUAAGCUCUAGGUAACUGGAAUAUUAUUCCAUGUCUGUCUUUGUUUUAACCAGUACUUCUAAGAGCGUGCAUAGCACUCAAAUGCUGGUGAUAGGUGGCUAAUACCAGGACUUGGAAAAUUAAGGGGAAUUAUGUUCAGUGAUCAGAUUUUAACUCACCCACUGUUAAUCGGUGCACAUUUCUUUAUAUCACAUGCAUAAUUGACCAUUUAAUUAACUGGUAACCUCGAAAUACGUGGUCUGUCUUCCCUUUUUACUACCCUUUUGACUGUUGUGCUCCUUUAUAAUUUUGAAAACUAAUCAGCACUUUUUAACAUUUAUAAUUGUGUAAAUCUAGAUGUAUCCAAAGGUUAGGUAUUUUAAAAGCAGCAAAAUAUUUAUUUGGAAGACUCCAUUCUGUUUCCUAAAUCUGAAGAAAGACAACAUGCUAUUUUUUAAUCAUAGGAUUGAGAGUUUUAUAGAACUAUUUGAUAAGCUAUCAAAAUGCAGCUGUUGUUUUCAGUUCUCUGUUCUCAUGGUCAUAACUAAUAUGUGGAAAAGCCUAUUUCCAGGUUUGUGUAGAAGAGCCCAGAAAACGACGUCACGAGACCCCCUGGACUGUUUUAAGCUAACAUGUGUGGUGAGCAGGGACACGACAAACUCUGCGAGUGGGCCAGCUUCCCGCUCCUUGCCCUCUGUUCCUGUGAAAUCUCAACCAACUCAAUCAGGCCGUUUGCGGGCAUGAUAGUAUUUUUAGGGACAAAUUGACAAAUUAUUUGUAAAUGUUCUGGGCCCCAUUUGACAGCUCCUAUGUCUUUUCCUGUGUUGCUUUUUGAAAUAUGAUGCUUUAUUUUUUUAACUCUUGGUGGUAGCACAUGCUGCCUGGAGCACACGAGCACAUGUGACUUUACAGCCUCGGCUGGGAGGGGCUGCUCACCCUGGGGAUUGAGGGAGGGGUACCGCGUCCUUUGAGUGGCAGUUUUACUUAUUCUGAGAUUUCACAGCAGUUGGUUCUUUUUUUUACAAAGAAUUUGAUAGUCAAGUCUCUUUGUCCGCCACUGCAUAUGUAACGUAGUUUUUCUGACAUCUGAAAUGUUUGUUUUAGCCUUAAAGAUCAACUUCACCUCAGUGCAGCUGGGAAAGCAAUGUUGAUAGGGUAGUCGGUCCAGAACACAUGGGACCUGGGAGUACUUCCUCCUCCUGUUUGUCUCGUGGAUUAAUCGUCCCUCCAGCCAGAACCAGACUGGACCUGCCAGUGCCGAUUGUGACCUCCAUGGCGCCACCGUGCACCUCCUUCACCGUGUCCUUGAGGCCCCUCCCCUAUCUUUAGAAAAUUUGGUGCUUCUGAGGUUGUUAUCUAAAGAGUGAUCGGGAUUGACAGGGAUCAAAUUCCCCAGAUCCACACGAUGAAAAUAUGGCAGUAGAAAGGACGAUGCAACUGUGAGACUUCCACCAGGAAAAAAGUGAAAGUUAGGAGUAGGACAUCCUUUUUUAAAAAAUUACACAUUUAGUGGUGUUUUGGUUUUGUUUUUCUUUUUUUUAAGUUCAGUCAAAGGAUCUGCUGGCCAGCAAGCAGCAGGCGGCCUGCCCAAGUGUCUUAGGGGUCAGAGCAAAGGAAAGUAUUUCCACACAUGACAGCAAUCAAGCGGUGAUCCUGCCUCGGAAGGAAGCUAGCCCUUGGACCAAUGGCACAUCCGUUCCGUGUCCCUUCCUAGAGUGAGAACUCCCCGUACCGACGAGACACACGUCAGCAUCAGCGGCUGGAGUCCGAUGCCAAGUGUGCGCUGCCCCCGCUGACCACGCGGCCUCUCGCUCCAGACAAACGCUGCUCCCACCGGCAUGGCCCAGGAGCACAAGCCUCAAGGUUUUUAGAAAAGCCAUUCAUUCUGCUUAAAUUUUCAUAAAACCCAUGUAAAACCACUCCCUAGUUCCGGCUCUCGGCCGUAACAGGCGAGCUGACCGCCCUGCGUGAGCUUUCCUGAUGCUCUGCAGGGUUGGUGAGCGCCGUUCUCUUGGUGCCUAGCAAGACUCCGGGGGUGUCCCCACGAAGCCAGAAGGGAGCCCACAAGUGACUCAGCCUGAAAGUCACCCGCCACUGUCCACUUGUAUCCAUAGGAAGGAAAGGCACAUGUUCCCAUUUCUUUAAAUAACAAAGUCACUAAUUGCCACUCAGUGCCAGAAUGUUUUGGGUCACCUAAUCAAAGAUUUCUAAGGGUUUCAGUAGUAAAUAUAGGCUGACUAUGCACCAGUUCAAAAUACUGUUGCACUUCAAAUAGGAACCGUUCAAAGAGUGCAUGUAUUGCUUGCUCGGUUUCCCCAGACUUCAGCAAAAUGUACAAUAGAGAUGUCGUAACAGGUUCGAGGAGUUUCAGACCCCUGUGUGGGGUCCUCUUCCUCUGGCAGCGAACGCAGGAAAUCAACUUAACCCACUCUUCAACAAGUCAUUGUUUAAACCUGGUUCUUCAUUUUCUCAACUUUUAAUAGCAAAAAGUGCCAGACUCCUCAGAGACCACAGAAACAGACAGCCCCGGUCUCACGUGCUGAGCAGAAUGUGGCGUGCCAGCCAGCAGCAGGGCCCCGCACCGGACAGCGGGCCGCUCCGAAAUCCGCUGGGAGCCUGGCAGCGCCCCGCCCCUUCUGCAUGUGGGCGUUGCCAGCUGGGUGGCCCCAUGCUGAAUUCUGCACCACCACACCUGGAGGGCCGGAGGGCCACGCAGGCAUGAGACUGCUUGGAUGAAGUGCAAGAUGCUUCCAACUACAGCAGCUAGUGACCAUUCCUGCUCCCCACCUCACUCGCGGGUUUCCCCUUGACCUUCCUCCAGCUCUGAUGAGUGCAGAGUGUCCCCCGUGCAUAGCUAAUGAACGUGCAGAGGGGGAGAGAGAAACCCAGUACUCGGGGCACUUAAGCACACCUGGGGGAGCUGUCCCUAUUCUAAAGGGUUUUUUCAUUUAAGAGCAUAGAAGGUACCUUUAUGCCUGUUCUGACACAUUUCCUACACUGGCCAUUUGAGACCCCAAGGGACACGAACUGCCUCGAGCGUUGUCUGGAGGUUCCAGGGACAGCACAGCAUCCCAGAGCUCAGCAGAAGCUCAAGGGAAUAGUUGGCGUGUGAUGCUACGUACACCAUUAAUUUAGCAGCCACUUUCCCCCUAACGUGCUGUGUACCAGCUACCUCGAUGGGCGCUGCAAACGGCACUGCUAACUUUAAGGUGCACACACACUGGGGCCUCACUGAUGUCUCUGUAAUCAGACCAUUUGUGACUAGGGCUCCUUAAGCACACGCAUGCCUGUGGUUGCCUGCACACAGAGAAAUAAUGGCUUUUGUGACUUUCUAAGAAAUCUGGGUUGUUUAAAGAUACACACAUGCACAAGUUGCUGCCCCAGUUUGGUGCAACUGAGAUUAGGUGUGACCCGGGUUUAGGAUGGUCCUGGUCUACAGUCAGCACCCCCACCAGGAGCUUCCCCCUCUUACCUACUCCCGGUAGCCUGGGGAGGGUCCCUUCCUGGGAGUGAUCCUGCCAGGUGAGGCUGGAGACAGAUGCCUCAAAGCAAGCCUUAACACAACCAUGACUUUCUAAGGUCUGUCUCCUCUUAGCACCCACCUGCACCCCUCUGUGAUUCCAAGCACUUCCUGCCUCCAGCUGCCACUGUGACAAAACCACUGUGUGUCAAACCAUGGUGACAACAGCCAGCACAUUUGAUACUUACCAGCCCGAUGCAUGACAGAGGGAGACUUGGAUGCUGACCCAGCAGACACUCUACCUGUCUUUGGAAUGUCUCACUGAACUCCAGAUAGGCCUGGAUUCAUCGUUUCAACCCAGUGGGCCCAGCGUUCCCAGCUGAGACCCAUGAGACCACCAGUGUGGCCUUUUGUCGAGAGCUUCCAGGGCCCGGGGAAAGCCAGCCACCUCCAAAGUACCUCUUCAACCUGUGAGGCCUUUCAAAAUGCAGAUCCCACUAGAAGAACGGGUCAGGUGCCACCAGCUCACCACCUACACACGCUGUGGUUCCUGAUGGCUUUCGAAGCCGGCUCCUGUGGUCUCCUCCAUGCUUCAACCCCUUGAGGGGUCCAGAAUGGGAAUUAGCCCCCAUUUUACAAUGGAAACACCAGCCUCAGGAUGCAGGACCAAGUCUUUGGGCCCCGGGAACAGAGCACUUUCUGCACCUCCGGCAGCGCCCUGCUCUUCCCUGGCACUUACAGCUGGCAGGUGAGGCCAGAUGACCGGCCGAGAGGUGGCACCUCUGCCCAGCUCCCGCUCUGAGGACAGCCAGCCAGUCCUCUGCGGUUAGCACAGUCUGCCUGAUGCGGUGUUCCUGAGGGGUUACUCUUUGAAAGACUAAGUUCAGAACAGUGGCGUAGAUUCAGGAGAGGCAGGGAAACUCUACUGUCCAUAGAAGUCACAAAUCAAGAUCGAUGCCACCCACUGAGGGCUUACCGAUUAUUGAAAAGUGUUCACAGAAGACCUGUUUCAAUGCAUCCAGUGUUGACAUCAUUGGCAUUGUUGAGCAUGGGGAAGUAUUUAAAGUGGUCCAGCUUCUCUUAACUUCUCCAAGCUGAUUUGUUCGGCUGCAUGGGAAUUUCUUUCCAAGCCAAUCUUUGCAGGGUUGGUCAGUCUGGGGGACUGUGUGCCGUCCUAAUGGCAGUGGUGAUGAAGCUGUCACCGAAGCCCAUCUUCAAACGUCCCAGUCUAGAAGUGAAACGUCCAUGAGCUCUGCCGUGGAAAGGCACUCAGCCUGCUCCGCGGUGAGAAGCAAAGGGAGGGUUGUGACAGACAAACGCUGGCUGACUUGCCCCAGCCGCGUGGGAGGCAGCGAAGGGACACCUCGCCAUCAGAUACACUGAAGCCACUAAACCACGAAGUGGUCCCCCUCCUCCUCUGAGAGUCCUUCUGCCUAGAAAGAUCCAAGAUUAGGCUCCAAACAUUGAGCUCUAGGUUCUUGCUGGGAUUUAUAUGUUUUUAGGUGCCAUUUGAUGAAUUCAAGAAAAUGGUCAUUGACUCCAUAGAUCAGGGUAAGGAUAAAGGCAGGAAAUUUGGUCGGACUCAGCAUAGGAGAUCUAUUGUGUUUCUCCGGAAACCACAAUACACACUAAAAUGUGAAACUGGAAGUUUUUUGUUUUUUUUUAAAGACAGCGAGCUUCAUGCUUUAGUUAAGUAAUGUCUCACUGCUUCCCAGGCUAUGUUUGUGGAAGGCAGCAGCUUCUUAGACACUAUUUCAGUGUCAUGGGCUGCAUGCUCAUCACAAAAGCCACACGUGAGGCCCCACAUUAGGGGGGCAGAGAGCAACAGGCUGGUGCCCAGGGCCGCUGCCCUUUCACCAGCCCCGGGCACCUGAGGACACCGUGCAAAUCUGGAACAGGGCAGUCAAUUUGCUUCUCGGAACUUCAGUUUGAGAGAGACGUGAAAAGCACAGUCGGUUACUUUCACCUCAGAGGAGCCCUUUUGUGAGGGAGGGGGGCCGUGGGACGUGGUUCGGCUGGGACACGCACAGCCACAUCUCCUGGAGUCCUGGGCCAAGGACAGACCAAACUGUGUCCAUGUGCAAUGUCACAGCCUGGCCGAAGCAGUAGCAAGUGCUUCAGUGGCCCUAUGGCUGUUAGAUGCAUUAUUUGCAAAAAAAAAAAAAAAAAAAGAAAUACUGGUGUUUAUAGCGUAGAAAAUGUGAAAAACUUCCAUGUUGUUCUCCAGAGACAGGAUCAUGCCAGCCUCCUCCUCUCUUAACCCUUCUUCCCUCCCAACCCAGCAUCAAAAAUCCGUUCAUCUGAUGCACUGACGCAGUCUUGCAGGAGCCCUGCCCUGGGGACGGUGCUGAGCAGGGCCGGGCAGGGGACAGGCACCUGUCACCUUUCCCGGCCCCAGGCCGCAACUCUGCCUCAGGUCAGAGACAGUCUGGCUUCAAGCCCUGAAGACAAGUGAGUGGCUGAUCUUUUCACAGUAAAAUCACUCAUUUUUGGAAAAUUCACUUUUUUAAAGGCACAGUCAGUUCCUUUUUCAGGCCUAAAAAGAAAUGUACCUCACAAAACACGGAUGCCACUUAGUUCCCUUUGGGUAAGGUUUCAGUGUUUGUGUUGAGUAUCACUAUUUUGUCUACACUGUGUGGUAGAAAGAACCGUGUUAAUAGCUGUAUCUUAAAUAUUGUGAUUUGUUUUUUACAAACGUUCUAAUAUGAAUAUUUUACUAACUUACAAUCAUUCAUCUAAUAACAGACAUUAGGAUUCUUUUGAAAUCAGUGUUAAUUGAUAUAUACUCUAAAAAGCCUGGCUCCUGAACAUAUUGGAAACACAACGCCGAAAUGAAACAAGGGAAGGACAACUGCACACGCACAUGCAGACACAGCUUUCCAGACAGCCCCCUCCUGUGUAGACCGUUCCCUCCGCCACACUUUGCACGCAAGGAGCGCCAGGGACUCUGCCUUCCUUCCCUCCCGCCAGCAAGGCCUUCUCAGGCCCAGGUUCGGGGCCACUGAUUUCAUACGACAGUGUUUUGCUGAAGACCCUUAACCACUCUCAUUUAGCAAACAGCUGUCUGCUCUUCAGGGAAUUGUUACCUAUGGGUAUUACCAAAGAACUUCGGCAAUUUGAAACAUUCUGAUGGAAAUUAUUUGCACACGCUGGUUCUCUGGCAUCCUCCAGAUGGUCCAACCUGAAGCAUAAAGCAGAACCCACAGACCCCGUGAGUUUCUCAUAGGUUGUUUUCAGUAUCUUGGCAAAAUUUCUUUUCGGUGUGUGUUCGGUAACACCCUCUGGGAUCCACAAUGGUGUUAUGCUGACGCCCCUGGGGAAGGGGAGGCAGGCAGUGAGAAGGGACGGAAGCGGGCUCCUGUCCUUGGGUGGCUUCUGCUCUGAAAGCAUUUAGGGGCUUCAGACCCUUUGUUUUCUAUACCAAACAGGAGCAGCUCCAAAGUAGGAAUUGUUGAGCAAGCCCUGGCGUCCUCUCUCCAACUUCAUUCUUCUCCCCAGGUGGGGAGGGUACCGGGGACCUCAGGAAUUAAGGGUGUGCAGAGAAGGGCAAAUGGAAUUUCUCUAGUCACAUUAGCUGAUUGUUUCCAGGCAAUUAGAAAAUGGCUAUGAAAUAACCUUAAUUUUUAUAAAAUCUUGGGUCUUCUUCAUUUUCCUGCCAGGAGAUUGAACUGACCACGUGUGUUGAUUUCUAUCCUGAAUUAGGGGAACCUGUGUGCCUGCAAUGUCCUACUGUAAGACGGAUGAAUGUGAAGAGUUAAUUUCAGGGUACAGUUUUGCCUUAAUGGUUUAAAAAAAUAAACUAUUUUUAAAAAUGUU